AUGACUUUCCGUGCGGUCGCUUUUCUUCUUCUCUGGCAGGUUGUGGCCCCAUACAAUGGAGAUUCCAGCACUUUUUUGAUGGACAAGUGUGACCCAGGCAUGAUUUGCCACGAGCUGGGUGUGGACAGUUUUCAGGACUACGCGGUCGAAUUCGUAUGGUGAGGAUUAAAAAGUUAGCCGCCGAUUUUAUAGUUUAAUUUUUUUCUGUGGAAAGUUUCUUAUUCCGGCCACAGCAAAUGCAGUCUGCGAGCUGCGCCAAAGCUUUCAAUCCGGCUAGAAAAAAGGGUUCGAAUUAGCUUGUUCUGGUUUACUAUAAUAUCUAUAUGCUUUUUAAAGCAGGUUUUGCCAGAGAGUCGAGCUAGCUGUGCACAAAAAACAAGAUGUUACAGUAGAGAUGUUGACAUCUUUUUCCUUGAACUUGGAAAUAUGCGAAAAUUGCAUAAUUACCAAAAACGCUUAGAAUGCUAAACUAAACCAGCGUUCCAAAUUGCCAACUUGCCCGUUAGCAAUGUCGCUUGAGUGAUUUCUGGUUUCUUUCAAAAAUAAAAGAUUAUUUCGUUGUGAAAACAGUCGGACGUCUUCCAUUGCAAUUCAAAUUCUUUUUUUUGUGAGCAUUAUAUUUUUUAGGGUGCCUGAUGGACUCGUUGCCAAGUAUGACUUCGUACAAUGUAAGUCCGAAAAGCAAAUUUACCCAACUUUUCAGGGAAGAAUCUAAAAGUGACGGAGCGGUUGACACAAGGAGAUGAUUGGAGCACCAAAAGGAUAAGCCGUAGCGUGUGUCGUCAUCCGAUCCCAGGCGCCGACAACAAAAUGUUUAUAGAGUUUAGUUCCGAGCGCGUCGAAGUCAUCAAGUUUUACGAGGAGGGAAAGCAUCUGGCUGUAGACAAAAGAGGAAACAAACUGUUCCGGAUCAUGAGCGAUUUCAUAGACGUAGGCGUCGUUUUUACUCAAAACCGGCAGUGGUUUCGAUUUUUUGCGUAAAAAGGCCAAUAUUCUUUGGAUGUUAUAAAUUUCGUAUUUCCAGCGCCAACACAUCAGCGUGGAGAACCUAAAACAUUCGGUAAUCUACAACAGCUGGAUCUUUCUCAACGCCACCCACGCCAUAGAUUUGAAAAGAUACAUGUACUUCGACCCGGCGGAAACUUACAAACUGCGUACACACGACGACGUCGGACGUGAUCGUCCUGGUCGUAUUAAUAAACCUUAUUGGAGGUAGAAGUGAAAGAAACUUUGACUUUUUAAAAACUUUUUAGCUAUGGAAUGGAACACGUUCACUCGAUUCCGAAUGAGGACAUCCCCAUCGAAUUUGUGGACAUGAUCACGAGGAACUGCUUCGUAAGUUUGGGAAAAAUUUAAAAAAUUUUCUGUUAAAAUUCCUCGAAAUCUGUAUGGUAAUUUCAGGGAAAUCCGAACAGAUAUUGCGCAAUUGAUCCCAGAGAUGGCACUAUUCACUACACCCCGUAUCCGGCCGUUUUGCGAAUGGGAGAUUUCAUCAUGGAACAGCGAUGGCAGGAGGUUCUCAAUGAUUUUGUCCCGGUUUAUCGAUUCCAUCACCUUCACAUGCCCGAAAAGUAAGGGAUUUGCGAUUUUUCGGGAUUUUGGGUAUCAAAUCAUGGGAAAUGUUGGAAGCUUGAAGCUCAGAUUUUGGCAAUUUGGGGUAAAAUAACUUUUUAUUUUCGCGGAAAUAUUGUCCCCCACAUAUUUUUUGCACAAAAAUCUAAAAAACCCCAACGGAAAAAACUUACCAGCAUUGCGAAAACAUCAAUUUCUACAUGGAAUCGAAACCAAAAACGUUGUGAAGAGAGACGCCAAAAAGAAACUACCGUAUCCUUAAUUUGUUUGUUUUCGCGCCGGGACGCAACAUGGAGCUUGGGAGAAGCGACAAACGAUAUUUAAAAUAGCAACAGUUAACUUGGGGAAUGUAGAAUUGUUUGAAAAGUAAAGCACAUAAGGUGAAAGUCAAUAUAUCAGCAAUAGGUUGCACAAAAUUCAGGUGAAACCUGAGCGUUGCACUUUCAACACCGGCCUUUCUGUUCUUUGUAAUUUUUUGUGUUUUCAGCGAAGUGUUUUAUUAUUCAAACGUAAAAGAGCUGUUCUUCGAACUAUUGAAGCACGGCAAGCCAAAAGACCCUGAUAUGUAAGACUCUUUUUAAAUCUUCACAGAGCAAUGAAAAUUUUUUUAGAAAUCGUCGUUGGAUCCGCGGAGUAAUGCCUCAGCCCAAAGAGGGCGACAAAAUUUUCGAGCUGAUGAUGCAAAGAACAACCACUACGCCGCCUCCUAUCCAGUCCACUACUCCACCAACGUCCACCUUGAAACCUCUUCCUCUAGACGCAUAUAAGCCGAUUGAAUAUCUGUCCAUCGAUGAAAUGGAAGAAGAACCAAUGCCAACGCCAGAAAUUGCAAGUCAAUUAAUGCCAGAAUUUGAAAGAGAAGUUGACGCAGCUUCGGAUCUUGUCAGAAACUCUGUGGCAAUUCUGUUGGCCGUUUUUAUGAUUACCGUGUAA